AUGUCUCGUCCCACAACACCUACACCUCCCCUACCAACCAUGACUACCUCCGACAACCACUCUUUCACCUCCCCCUCUCGUUCCAGCACUCUUCCCCAAAAGCCAGCCAACCCCUCCAAACACCACAUCCACCACCAUCCACACCGCUCGCACCACACGCACCGCUACAAUAAAUCAGUCCCACAGAGUGCCAUCGAGCGCUCUACUCCCUACCCCUUCGGUGAGCUCCUCCGCGGCGAAUGGCGACGACGGGGUAGCAUCGAAAACCCCGCCGACAGCUCCACAUCAAGACUAGUGCCAGAGAAUGCCGUCCUGGACAUCGACGCCAAUGCAUUGUACGUUCAAGACCAGAAGAGACUGAAAGCAAAAGCCGAACAAGCCGAAAAGGAACGCCUUAGAAAAGUAGCUGCAGAAGUAGGACGGUUACGGCGAGGGCGACAGGAGCAUGAGGAGAGCCUCCGACUUACUCUAUCACACCUCUCGGAUCUCGGCACCACGAUGACAAGGAGGCUGGACUACACUUACUAUGCGCUUCUCACUUCGCUGUCUGGGUUGACGAAUGGGGUGAAGGCUUUUCAUGCACUGGCCAGGGAGUCGGGGGGGAUGCAUGAGGGGUUUGUGGCGGAGGCGCAGACGUUGGAGAAGGAGACAGGGGGCCAGAUAAAGGGGGCGAUUGAGGGGUUGGACAGGCAGGCGCAGAGGGUGGAUGCGCUGCAGAGGCGAAUGGGAGGGGCGAAGGGGAGAAUGGCAGAUUUGGAGAAUAGGUUGCAAAGGGUUAGGACGAAGGCGGAGGAGGCGGGACGGAGAGAGAAAGAGGGGCGAGCGAGGUUGGGGAGGCGGUGGAAGGUCUGCUCGUAUUGUGUGGGGACGUGGGUAAUGGUGCUGGGAAUAGCGCUUCUAGUGAGAAAGAUCCGGCUGCUGGAGAUUCCAGAUGACGUGAAUGUGUACCCGAAUGGAAGUAAUACUUUGGAUUGGGGGAAUGAUACGACGAGGUCCCAGAUUGAGGGCGGGGUGGUUACAGAGCUGAUGGCAAGCGCGGUAGAGGGUGCGUACGCCGCUGUCACUUGCGAUGCGGAGCCUGUGGGAGCCGAAGAACAGAGCAGUAUGGUCGACGCUGAGGCGACUUUGAGGCUUUUUGAUGAACUUUGA